CGCAUUCCACACCAGUAGACGUCUCAGCAGAGCUCUUCCAUCUUCGAAGCAUGUCUGAAUCCAAGAGGAUCACGCUCUAUGCGGCACCUGAAUCGCCGUACCCCCACAGGGUUCGUUUGGCACUCGAGGAGGCGAAAGCCAACUACGAUGUCAUCUGGAUCGAUCUGGUAGACAAGCCAGAGUGGUAUGCGCAGAAGGUCAACACCGAGGGCGGUAAGGUCCCCUACCUCGUCUACGGCGGACCCAAGCUGGAGCCGGGAGACGCGCUCUCCGGUGACGCCGUUGGGAUCCCAGAGUCUCUGGUCAUCCUAGAGUUCAUCGCCGACAUCUUCCCAGACGCCCACCUCCUCCCGGCGGACCCGACGCUCCGCGCCCGCGCGCGGCUCUUCUACAGCUCGCUCGACGCGGGGCUGUCCAAGGGCUUUGUCGGCUUUCUCUUCAUGGGGAUGCCCCUGAAGGAUCUUCUCGCAGGCCUGGACGACAUUCAGGGCAGACUCCCGCCUACGGGCUUCGCCGCGGGCGAGUGGUCUAUCGCCGACGCGGCCGCUCUUCCUACCUUGCUUCGUUUGCAACUUGCGCUCAAAGACGGCAUCGGCUUGUGCAAACCCGAGGAUUUGAAGGAAGCUUAUGAAGUUGUCUUCGAGUCCCCGAAGUACGCGCGGCUCCGUCAGUAUAUCGACGACAACGUCGCGCGGCCUAACGUGGCCAGGUCCUGGGACCCGGCUGCGACGAAGGCGAAGUUUGAGCAGCGUAUCAAGAUAUUCCGUGCGAUGGAUCCUACAGCGACUCGCAUCCCGGCGCACAUAUAUAGCCAGCCUUGAGUAGUUAGCAGGCCCGGGGGCCUCGUUCAACGCGAUAUGGAUGUCUCCGGAAGCAGAUCAAUCCCUCCAUUGUAAUCUUCGAAGCGCGUUUGAAUAAGUGUCAAGCUUUACAAUUCUUUACAAGGGGACAUUCGAGCGAGAGCAGAAGCAAGGCAGAGCUGGAAGAGAGUACCUACUAGUACUGGCAGAGCCUCUCACUGUCUUAAGCGCUGGCGUAUAGCGGAGAGCCCGUCCAUGACUUGGGCGCCUGCGACCCUCUCU